AUGUCAGGGAUUCAGCCUAAGGGUAUCAGCUUCAUAGCGAGUGCGAUUAGUAAGCCACUAUACAUGGACAGAGCUACUGCCCUACGCUCGAGAUUAGACUAUGCGAAAGUGUGUAUAGAGGUUGAGGUUGAAAAUGAAAUCCCGAAUACUUUAACUGUUGAUCUUGGCAAUGAACACACUGUGGAGGUUCUAGUGGAUACCCCGUGGCUGCCUGCGAAGUGUGACCAAUGCAAGGUUUUCGGGCACAGUUGCAGCAGCCCUCCUGAAGCUGCACCAGCGGAGUCGACGCCACCCCCAUCUGAAGUUCCUGCAGCAACUGUGGAAGAGAAGCCUGGAAUGGCCUCUUCUUCUCGGACCGAUGGAAUAAAGGAGGCUGGGUUUGGUGACUUGUGUAGUGCUGGAGAGUGCGCUGGAAAGGAAGAACAUGGACUGGAAGCCUUAAACCCUGUGAAUGCAGCUACUUCCUCUGCCCCAGAUGAAAACCAAAUGACAGUACUGAAUGACUUACAUGGGGACAAAUCUGCAGACCCUUCCAAAGGUGUAUCUUCACGGUCCAACAGUAAACCAGCUGAUUUAGAAGCAAUGGAGCCCCAAGAUGAUGCCAUCAACUCUGAUGAUGAUUCGGAGGUAUAUUCACGGCAGGGAGUUUCAAGGCAGGAAAAAAGCAUUGUGAUGGAGAGAGGGAAAUCAGUCCAGAAAGUACAAGGCAAAAGGAAACCGAGAACGGGUAAGGGAGGUAAAACCUCUAAACUUCCUUAA